UAAAUUAAAUGAGAUAUACAAAAUUAAUAUGCCUGCUUUUGUGUAUGCUUCUUGUAAGUAAUGCACUUCGUAUAAAGACUGCAAACAGAAAUCUUUCUCGGAUGCAGACAUCUACUCGUGGAAGUAGACUGCAAAGUGCCUUACAUGGGGGAAUCCAAUCCCGCUUGCAACAGGAUGACGCUGUAGUGGUUGAAGCUGACGAAGAUGAUCUUACAGCCAACAUCUUCGCUGAUGAAGAUGAACCAACUGAACAAGAAGAUAUUGUCCAGAGUGAUAUCGAAGCCCAUCAAGAAGAAGAAACUGAAGCUCUUGAAGCUGAAGAUAAUUCUGAAUCUGCAGAUGAUAUUCAAGACAGUGCUGCUGAGACUGAUGCUCAAGUAGAAGAUGCUGAUAGCGAAGCUCAGGAAGCUCUUGAGUUAGCUGAGAAUUCUGGAGAUGAUGAUGCUAUUGAUGCUGCUAAUCAAGCUCAAGAAGAUGUUGCUGCAGCUGAAGAUGCACAAGCAAAUGCUGAAGAAUUAGCUGAGAUUGCAUCUGAGACUGGAGAUCCAGAUGAUUUGCAGGCCGCUCAGGACGCACAAGAUGAUGCAGAGGAAGCUGCUGCUACUGCAGCUGAAUCUGCUGAGGAAGCUCAAGAACAAGCAGAAGGGGCUGCUGAUGAAGUAGCUGAAGGAGAUGCUGACGAAGCCCAAGUCGAAGCUGAAGAAGAACAAGAAGAGAACACAGAAGAAGCUUCUGAAGAUGUAAGUGAGGCUCAAGAAGACCUUGAUGAGACUGAAGCUGAAGCUAAUGAUGCUCAAGAGCAAGCUGAUGCUGCUGCCGAAGAAACUGGCAAUGCUGAAGAAUCAGUAGAAGAAGACCAAGAAGCUUUAGAAGAAGCUCAGGAACAACUAACAGAAGCACAACAAGAAGGAGACGAAGGAGCUGCUCAGGAGGCUGAAGAUGCUGUUGAAGAAGCCCAGGAUGAUUUGGAUGAAUCAACUGAUGAACUCGCUGAUGCUCAAGAAGAUGAAGCUGAAGCUCAGGAAGAGGUAGAUGAUGCUCAGGAAGAAGUCGCUGAAGAGGAAGCUGAAGUAGAAGUGGCUGAAGAUACUUUGGAAGCUGUUGAGGAUGGAGAAGCUCCAGAAGAAGCAGCAGCUGAUGCGGAGGAAGAAGUUGCUGCUGAGGAAGCUGCCACUCCAGCCGAAGAAGCUGCACCAGCUGAAGAGGAAGCUCCGGCUGAAGAAGCAACUCCAGAAGAAGAGGCUGAGGAAGCAGAAGACCAAGCUGAAGCUGAAGAAGAGGUUGAGGAAGAAGUUGAAGAUGCUGAGGCCGAGGUAGAAGAAACUGAAGUUGAAGCCGAUCAAGCUGAAGAGGAAGUUGAUGCUGCCGAAGAAAUCACAGAUGAUGCAGAGGCUGAAGUCCAAGAAGAUCAAGAGGCUGUUGACAGUGCUGAAGUAGAACUUGAAGAAGCCACUGCCGAAGGAGAUGAAGCAGCUAUUGAGGAUGCCCAAGAAGCUGUUGAUGAAGCAAAUGAGGAAUUAGAGGAGACUAGUGAUGAUCUUGAACAAGCUGAAGAUGCUGAAGCUGAAGCACAAGAUGGUCUUGAUGAAGCAGAAGCAGAGGUUGCAACAGAAGAAGCUGACUUAGAGGUUGAGGAAGCAACAGAGGAUGCUAUUGAAGAAGGAGUUGAUCCAGAAGUAGCUGAAGAAGAAGCUGAGGAAGAGGUAGCUGAGGAGAUUGCUGAAGAGGAAGCUGCUCCAGCCGAAGAAGAAGCCGCUCCAGCCGAAGAAGAAGCCGCUCCAGCCGAAGAAGAAGCCGCUCCAGCCGAAGAAGAAGCCGCUCCAGCCGAAGAAGAAGCCGCUCCAGCCGAAGAAGAAGCCGCUCCAGUCGAAGAAGAAGCUGCUCCUGCAGAUGAAGAAGCUGCUUCUGCAGAUGAAGAAGUUGCUCCAAUUGACGAAGAAGCCGCUCCAGCCGAAGAAGCCGCUCCAGCCGAAGAAGAAGCAGCUCCAGCUGAAGAAGAAGCUGCUCCUGCAGAUGAAGAAGCUGCUCCUACAGAUGAAGAAGCCGCUCCAGCUGACGAAGAAGCAGCUCCAGCCGAAGAAGAAGCAGCUCCAGCUGAUGAAGAAGCAGCUCCUGCUGACGAAGAAGCUGCUCCAGCUGACGAAGAAGCAGCCCCAGCUGACGAAGAAGCAGCUCCAGCAGAUGAAGAAGCUCCUCCUGCAGACGAAGAAACCGCUCCAACUGAAGAAGCCCUUGCAGAUGAUGGAAUUGAAGAAGUUGAAGGUGGUGAAGAACCAGUUGAGUCCACAGAAGAAGCUGCCGAAGAUGCCAUUGACGAGGCUGAGGAAGCUGAAGAGGAGGUUGCAGAAGCUGAAGAGGAAGUAGCUGAAACUGAAGACGCUGUCGAUGCUGCUGAAGAAGCAACUGAUAGUGCUGAAGAAGAAGUUGCAGAAGACCAGGCUGAAGUUGCUGAUGCCCAAGAAGAACUAGAUGAGGCAACUGCUGAAGGUGAUGAAGCAGCCAUUGAUGAAGCUCAGGAUGCUGUUGAUGAAGCUACAGAAGAACUCGAUGAUUCCAAUGCAGAACUUGCAGAUGCUCAAACUGAAGAAGCAGACUCUCAGGCUGAUCUUAACGCAGCUGAUACUGCAGCUGAGGAUGAUCAGGUUGCUGCAGAAGUUGCCGAAGAAGGAGCUGAUGCAGUAGAAGAUGAGACUGAAGAAGCAGUCGAAGAGGAAGAGGCUACUGAGGAAGCAGCUCCAGAAGAAGAGGCUGCAGAAGAAACAGAUGAUGUUGUAGAAGAAGCUGCUGAAGAAGCUGAAGCAGAAGAAGAUGUUGAAGAAGCUGAGGCAGAUGUUGCUGAAGCUGAGGCUGAUGCUGCUGAGGCAGAAGAUGCCGUUGAUGCUGCCGAAGAGACUGCUGAUAACGCUGAAGUUGAAGUUACUGAAGAUGAAGCAGCAGUUGAAGAAGCUGAAGAAGUUCUUGAGGAAGCAACAGCAGAAGGAGAUGAAGAAUCUAUCGAAGAAGCCCAAGAUGCUGUUGAUGCUGCCACUGAAGAACUUGAAGAUUCCAGCGAUGAACUUGCCGAUGCUCAAGAAGAGGAAGCUGAGGCUCAAGAUGCUGUCGAUGAAGCUGAGACUGAAAUUGAUGAAGAACAAGCUGAUCUUGAAGUUGAAGAAGUAACUGAAGAUGCUAUUGAAGAUGGUGUCGAUCCAGAAGAGGCAGAGGAACAAGCAGAAGAGGAAGUUUCUGAUGAGUCAGCUGAAGAAGAAAUGACUGAUGAUGGAGUCGAAGAGGUUGAAGCCGAAGAACCAGCUGCAGAAGAAGCUCCCGUUGAAGAUGAUAGUGCAGAAGAAGCUACUCCAGAAGAUGGGACUGAGGAGAUUCAAGGAGAGGAAGUUGUGAAAGAAGCUGCAGAAGAGGAAACUGCGCCAGAAGAAGAGACUGAGGAAGUCGCAGAUGAUGUUGCACCAGAAGAAGAGGUAGCUGAAGAAUCAACAGAGGAAGUAGCAGAGGAUGUUGAACCAGUUGAAGAAGCUCCAGUCGAGGAUGCCCCAGCCGAGGAUGCCCCAGCCGAGGAUGCCCCAGCCGAGGAUGCCCCAGUCGAGGAUGCCCCAGUCGAAGAUGCCCCAGUCGAAGAUGCCCCAGUCGAAGAUGCUCCAGUCGAAGAUGCUCCAGUCGAAGAUGCUCCAGCCGAAGAUGCUCCAGCUGAAGAUGCCCCAGCUGAAGAUGCCCCAGCUGAAGAUGCCCCAGCUGAAGAUACACCAGUCGAAGAUGCACCAGCUGAGGAAGAGCCAAUUGAGGAGGCUUCAGCUGAGGAAGUUCCAGUUGAAGAAGCACCAGCUGAAGAUGCACCAGCUGAAGAAGCACCAACCGAGGAUGAACCAACUGAGGAAGAAUCCACCGAAGAAGAAUCUUCUGAUGAAGCACCCGUUGAUAAUGCAUCAUCAGAAACCGAAGAGGGUGAAACAGAUAAUGAGACAGAAAUUGAUAUUCCUGUUGGAGCUACUCCAUUUGUUACUCUAGCAGAAUUUGAUGAUCUUAAUACUCAAAUAGAAGGAAUGACAUCACGCGUUGAUUCUAUUGAAGAUGAAAUCUCAAGCGUUGACUUUGCUACUGGAGCUACCACUCUUGCAACAAUCGAAGGAUUACAACAAGAAUUAGACGAUGUUAGCGAUGAAGUUGAUGAUACUACUGAACAAAUUACAGAUGUUGCUGCUGAACAAGAUGCUAUUGAUGCCACUCAAGCAGAAGUUGAAGCAGCACAAGCUGAAAUCGAGCAAACUCAAGAACAGGUUGAGCAAGAAGAAGAUGAUAUUGCUGAAACUCAAGACGAAGUUGAGGCAGCUGAAGAAGAAAUCGAUGAAGCACAAGAUGUCGUUGAAGACGACUUAGCUGAGGUCGAAGCUACCGCUGAAGAAGUUGAGGAAGAAGCAGCUGAAGUUGAAGAUUCUGUUGAUGAAGCUGUUGAUUCCGCAGAAGAGGCUAGUGAAUCUGUAGAAGAAGCUGAAGAGGUAGCAGAAGAAACCGAAGGAGAAAUUGAUGAGGCAGUUGAUGAAGCUGAAGAUACAGUUGAAGAAGAAGCAGAGGAGGCUUCUGAGGAAGUUGAUGAAGAAGCUCAAGAAUCAGUAGAUGAAGCUGAAGAGGCUUCCGAAGAAGCUGCUGAAGAGGCCACUGAGGAGGUAGCUGGUGAUGCUGCUGUUGAUGAGAGUGUAGAAGAAAUUCCAAUUGAAGACUUAUCUCCAACAGAUGCUGCAGGAAAUCCAACACUUGAUCUUGACACCUUACAGAAUAAUUUGGUAGAGCUACAACAACAAGAAGCUGAACUCCAAGCCCAAAUCUCCGAGCUCUCUGCAGAGCCAACUGCUGAAGAAAUUCCAGUAUCCGCAUAAAUUCAUUAAAUUUGGAAAAAGUCCAAACAAAACCUGACUAAUUUUAAUAAAACAAUAU